ACCCGUCUUUGAGCAUUUUUCAAUUACAAUGAAUGAUUCAUCCCCUUUGGGCCCUUUUGAACUUUAUUUGUAUCAAAAUAUUUGUUGACCGUUAGAUAGAAGUUGGAUUCCACUAAAGAUGACUUAUUUUGAAAGGAUUACUUACUCCUGUAUACCUUGCUCAAAAUAUGUUGAUUUUUUUUAACAUGUUAAAUAAAAGUUGAGUUCCACCAAAUGUUUGCUUAUUUCGAGAAGUUUACAACUCCUGUAUACUUUGCUCAAAAUAUGUUGAUUUUUUAACAUGUUUGAUAGAAACACCAAAGAUUGCUUAUUUUGAAAGGUUUUGUUAUACCUUGCUCGAAAUAUGUUAAAAUGGUGUCUGAUUUGGUGUAGGUGCAUCGCCCGGCCCCAUCUUGGGAUGAUGUUUCAAGCCAUCAAGCUUCUAGAACCUGCUCAUGUUGACAUGUUAUGGCGAAUGUAUAACAUUGAUCAUGGUCUUAUUGUUCAAGAGGUGUCGAAAGGAUCUAAUGCUGAGAUACUCGGAAUCCAAAAAGGUGAUGUUAUUGAAUCUAUCAAUGGAAAACCUGUUUCUACCACAAUCGAGUUGGAAAAUACGCUGAUGAUCACAUGCAAGGGCCCUUCAGGUGCUGAAGUUCAUAUUUCUGUUGGGGUGUUUCACACACUCAAAAAACAACGAAGUACUGUACAGUGGACAGCAGAAUUAUCAGAACUUGGAGAAGUUCUUACAAGCUAGAUAAUUAUUAUCCAGACAUAAUGCUAGCAAUAAGUCUGCAAGCUUAUGUCACACUCUUACAUGACACCCAUGUGAUGUUCAAAAUAUCAUAGCACACCAUAAAGUAUGGUGAUAUAUUGGAAGUUUAUGGUUUUGUUAAAUAGGUGGUGCGCAGCAAGUAUGUUGUAGAGAACAGACUUCAUCCAUGUUUUUUUUCACCAAAGCAUCCACAUCUUCCAUUGUAGACUUGGAAGUUUUAGAUUUUUUGGUACAAGAGGUGCAUGUUGGUGCUUGUAGGUUUGUCGACGGGCGCUAACUUUGAGCUGUGUGACAUUUUGCAAAGAAUGUGAUUAAAUAUUGCUUGCAUGUUCGCUCUCUCAUUCACCUUGGGAGAGUUUUUUUUGCAUGCAAAAGAAGGCUUGGUUAUUUGACACUCAUGUUGUU